AUGGAUCCAAUUCACUUGAAAAUCGAAGCCCCCACCCCGCAUGACUUUGAAACUCCAAUCCAAACCAUCAUCACGGCAGCAAUCCAACCCACCAACGCCCUGCCUGCCAAAGAUGCAGCUCUCGCACUAGACACAGGCUACGUGGACUACAUAAAAAAUCCUGGCAUGGACCCAGCGGGCGUCCUCACCUGUUUCUGGGAGUUGAUCAAUAGUUUUGCUAGCCAGAUACCCUAUGAGAGCCCCGCACAGGAGAAAUUGGUCGCCAUCGUCCAAGAGCUAGCGGGCGUUACCUCAAAGCAGACCAUCCUAAACCAAAAGCUGUGGAGGAACGUGCCCUAUUUUGCCUCUGAAUUUCCGCAAAGCUGGGAAGCGGUGAGUCCCGAUGCGACCGACGACGAGAAGAAACGUCGGUUUGUCAAUCUCCAGGCUUACGCGGCUCGGGUACUUGGGCUCGGUCUCGUCCCGCUCGAGAUGUAUGCAAUCUGGGCGUUAUCCGAUGUGGCAGAGGGGGUCAUGCUGCCUGUUCGGGGCAGUCCCGAUGUCGUUUCGGCUGAUCCCAGUGACGUCGAUCAAUUGCCCUUUAAAGCUGCUGCGGCGGGGGUGUGGAUUCUGUAUGCUGCUCACGCUCUAUAUGGACGAGAUGAAGCCAUUGGAGGCACCCAGGGAGGCCCGCUGUGGAUGUUGUCGAAAGUCGAGCGAAGGAAGUUGAGGCGGAAGUUCAGAGGUACCCAGGGAUUGUGUCUUGAUCGCUGGCUACUGUGGAAGCAGCAAUUCGGUGCUAUUCGGGAUUGUGGGUUGGCCGAUGCAGACACGAGGACGUUGGCAGGCAAUGUUGUGGAGACAAUGGAUAGGGUUGAGGGUCAUAGCUGA